GUUUGAGCUUGGUUCAAGGUGGCAAAGUCCCCAAGUUCAAGGAAGAUAUAUUUGAGUCAGUUUUCAACUUAAGUGUGGAUGACCAAUGCCUAAAUCUAUUACGCUUAGGGUUAAAAAAAACUGGCAUAUUCCAGCUUGCUAUAAAUAUUGAUGUAUUUAAAGACUUGUUCAGAGAGGGACCCAAAGCUACUAUGACCAUAAGGAUUCUGAAUGGUUUUUUAAAACCCGUCUUCAGUGAAGCAGGUUGCAAUGCAAGGAAAAGCGAAUGCUUGGUUUACAGGGCUUUCCAGAAGUACCUCAGGGAAGUUGCAAGUGGUAGGCGAACUGGUUUAGAUUUAGAAAGUGUGUUACAGUUUGUGACAGGAAGUAAUGAAGAACCUAUACUUGGUUUUUCCAUUGAUCCAUCGUUAACCUUUMAUGAGGUUACUGGUAGUUUCCUUCCAACAGCAAAUACCUGUUCGAACACCUUAAGUCUCCCAAGACCGACAAGAGAACAUGAACUUCCAGAAGAAAACAUAUUAUUUGAAUUGUACGAUAUGGCUUUUACAAGUUCCUAUUUUGGUAACAAAUAGAUGAGAGUAAUGGAAGUGUUGCCUGAUGCACUCAUCCAGAUCUAUCAGAUUGUUUCAAAUUUCUUUUAAUUGCUUUGAAGCUUUAAUUAUAGUUGCAUUAUUGCUAUCCCUUUAGAUGUUACUUGUUCAUACCAAUAUAACACUUAGAUAAUCAGGAUGAAGUUGCAUAAAGCAAUUAAUUGCUGGUCACUUAUUAAAAAAACAGCAUUUAAUGAUUUGAAUGUAACACAUUUGGCUGGUUAAAAAUUCAUCUGUGUUUUCAGCCUUUAUCAUAUAGAAUACCAUAAGCUUGGGUACAUAUAUUUUUUUCAUUGUAAUUGCAGUUGUGUUUUUUGCCAAAUUAUUACCYAUCCAAUAACUGGAAAUUAAUUUCAAAUCAAUUUUGAUUAAUUACUUAUUUGGUAAACUUGUCAAUGAAUAGUAAUUUUGGCAUCAUUCUAGUUCUUCAAAUUAACUGCUGUAAUCUACUCUCUAAUUUUACUCURGCAAUUAAUAAAUAAGUUUAAAAAAAGUUAUAUUGACAUAAUAUGGUUUUAGUUUAAUGGUUUGAUGAAAAAUGAAAUGUACUUUAUGAUGCAUUUGAUGUAUUUAAACAAUCAGAUACAAAAGAAAGUGUUUUCAUGUACAAGUCAAUACCAUAUGAAUCACUUGUAUCAAGUGGAUUUACAAGAACUUUAAGCCUUCCAUAAUCAGCCUCUUGUAAAGGACAGUUAACAGGAGGAAUUUCAAUGAUAUCACCAUCUUCAUCUGGACCACUCCAUUCACUGCAUGGUAAUGGCCCAUCCCAGUCAAUCCCAUAAUUAUUACAGUUACCCUAUAACACAAUUGGUUGAAUAAAAAGUUAAUGUUUCA